AUGUUUCGGCUCAGGAACGAUCCUAUCUAUUUAAGUGUGACUGAUGAAUCACGACAACAACUGCGGCUACCAGUAAAAAUUUCUAUUGUUGAUUUAUUAAGAAAACAACUUGCUUUAUUUAUAGCACCUGUCUACUUACCCAGUCAAUGGUCUAACUACACACUCGACACAGAUGCAACUCGUCUUUCAACAUAUGCUGCCAGUACAUCGGCUUGUGAUGUUAGUGUUUAUUCUACGCCAGCAAAAUAUUGUUCAAAAAUGGCAUGA